AUGCUUCGAUCUUUCCGCUCCUACCGCGACUUUGAUCUAUAUACUCUCCAGCGAUCGCCGGCAGCUUGGCAUCAGUUUGUAUGCUGGCGAACAUGGGCUCAACAGCAAGCGGCUAAUCCACAAACACGCAUCAAGCGGGGAUCCGUGUUGCGCGUUCAAUGUAAUGGAUUUCUACGCAAUUAUCGUCCAUGGAGGUCUCCGUUCCCGAAUCCACGCCCUCCUCAAGAGACUCUUGACAUUGUAGCACGAUAUCCGCGUCCCCGAGAUGCCGCGGUUGACGAAGCGAUUGCACGAGCGUCUCAGAUAGACAACCAUCUUACAUUCGAGAUUAUAGAUGUCAAACGCGCGGGUCUAGACUAUUUUUCUCAAGUCUUUUUUGGCAAGCUAGAAGGGACGGAUACAGCCAUCUGUGUCAAACUCUUUGACGAGCGCCUUUUUCCGUGCAGCCAGCAGCCCGAAUACGGCGAAGGCGUUGAACCAGAGCUGCAUUUAUUUGAUCUCAACUUUGCGGACGAUAUGAUGCGUCGUGAAGAAGGGGUGUAUUGUGACCGUUUACAAUAUCUCCAAGGGUCCAUGAUCCCACACUGCUAUGGGUUCCAUGUGCUCACACUUCCGGACGGAUGGGAGGUGCUUGGUUUCUUCAUGGAAGUCAUAGACGGACCAUCGUUAUGGGAAGUUGGGCAGCAGAACAGAUCUCCGGAUUUCCAAGCAAGUGUGGUCACAAGCGUGCGCCAUUUGGUACGAGCACUUGGAUUUGCAGGAGUCGAUCAGAGAGAUUGGCAUCUCGAUCAGAUUCUGUGUCCUAGAAACUUCCCGGUAACUGUUCCUCCCCACGGAGACGAUGACGAUGCUUGUGUGCAGUCACACAGUGCGAUUCCUUCUCAUCUCCCAAUGGUCCUGAUCGAUUUUGCAUUUGCGCCACAGAAGUUGGGGGAAGACUGGUCUCGGCCUGGGUACCCUAUCCACAACCCUUCAGUAGUGAAGCUCACAUUGUAUGAUGAAAUCAGGGUCCCUUACGACGUCAUCAACGACCAUUGGCUACCGAUGAUGGAAGAGGAAUAUUGA